GUGACUGUUUACCCUGGCUAUCCUGCGAGUCUCGAGUCUCGAGGACAAACCGAAGGCCUGUUGGUGAACUCCUUUCGCAUCCAGAUAAUGUUUUGUGCACCCCGGAAAUGAGGGCCGGCUUUUUUGCGGGAGAGGCCGUUUUCCUCUAGAUAGAGGACUGUCUUAACACGAGUUCUCCAGUAUUUAUCCACGCUGUUAGGUAGCAAGCUUCACGUCAAGGCACACUUAGAAGUAGAGACUGAGUUAUUUUUAUUUCAAGUACCGCACGGUAUUGUGCGUUACUUACAUGCCUGAGGAACUUUUACAGAGAUAAAGGUCUGACUGGCCUUCAGAUCUUCAUCCUUGGUUAAGGAAAUGACCAACCAGUACAGUAUUCUCUUCAAGCAAGAACAAGCCCACGAUGAUGCCAUUUGGUCAGUUGCCUGGGGGACAAACAAGAAGGAAAACACUGAAACUGUGGUCACAGGAUCCCUGGAUGACCUGGUGAAGGUUUGGAAGUGGCAUGAAGAGAGGCUGGAGCUACAGUGGAGUCUGGAGGGACAUCAGCUGGGCGUGGUGUCUGUGGACAUCAGUCACACCCUUCCCAUUGCUGCAUCCAGCUCUCUUGAUGCUCAUAUUCGUCUCUGGGACUUGGAGAAUGGCAAACAGAUAAAGUCUAUAGAUGCAGGACCCGUGGACGCCUGGACUUUGGCCUUCUCCCCUGACUCUCAGUAUCUGGCCACCGGAACGCAUGUGGGGAAAGUGAACAUUUUUGGUGUGGAAAGUGGGAAAAAAGAAUAUUCUUUGGACACUAGAGGAAAAUUCAUCCUCAGUAUUGCAUAUAGUCCUGAUGGAAAAUACCUGGCCAGUGGAGCCAUAGACGGAAUCAUCAAUAUUUUUGAUAUUGCAACUGGAAAGCUUCUGCAUACACUGGAAGGCCAUGCGAUGCCCAUUCGCUCCUUGACCUUUUCCCCCGACUCCCAGCUCCUCGUCACGGCUUCCGAUGAUGGCUACAUCAAGAUCUAUGAUGUACAACAUGCCAACUUGGCUGGCACACUGAGUGGCCACGCAUCCUGGGUGCUGAACGUUGCCUUCUGCCCUGAUGACACUCACUUUGUCUCCAGUUCAUCUGACAAAAGUGUAAAGGUUUGGGAUGUUGGAACAAGGACCUGUGUUCACACCUUCUUUGAUCACCAGGAUCAGGUUUGGGGAGUAAAAUAUAGUGGAAACGGAUCAAAAAUUGUGUCUGUUGGAGAUGACCAGGAAAUUCACGUCUAUGACUGCCCAAUUUAAACACCAGCAUCUUCAGGGCCAGUGCCAGAGUAUGCAGGGUUGAUUGUGACAUUCCUUGCCUUCUUAGGCACACUUAAAAUACAGCAUAUAUUGUAGUAAAUUUUGUAGCUACAGUAUAAAGUUUUUCCUGUUUUAUUGGAAAUGUUGCUCAUAUUUUAAUGUAAAUAAAGCAUUCUUAAUGCAAGCACCUG